AUGGCCUCCGCUCCUGAAGUAGAAUCGGUCAAGACCCCAGACCCAGCAUCAACAAAAACCCAGCACACCUCGAUUGCAGAGAUACACACGGCAGACCAAACCUGGAACAAUGAGAGCAACACACGCCUUCCUCCGAACCACCGCCAUCACCUUCGAGACACGAGGUACGACCCCUGGACACACAAUGGCUCGCCACCCGCGGAAAUCUCCAAGAUCCCACCCCGAGCUAAGGUGCUCAUCCUGGGUGCCGGAUACGGCGGGCUUCUAUUCGCCGUCCGCCUGCUAGAGGCCGGCUUCCAGCCGUCAGAUAUCCUUCUGGUCGACGCCGCCCAUGGCUUUGGUGGCACAUGGUACUGGAACCGCUACCCGGGCUUGAUGUGUGAUAUCGAGAGCUACAUCUACAUGCCCCUGCUCGAGGAAACGGGGUAUAUACCGUCGGCAAAAUAUGUACCUGGGGAAGAACUGCGCAGCCACGCGGAGAGGAUUGCGCAACACUGGGGGCUGGGGACGCGAACAGGGUUCGGGGUAAGGGUCGAGGAGCUCAGAUGGGAUGAGAAAGGGAUCAGGUGGGACGUCCGUGGCGGGCGCACGCAAGAUCCAACCAUGAGGUGGACGUGCACAGCGGAUUUUGUCAUCAUUGCAACAGGGACGCUCAAUCGGCCGCGUGUGCCCGACCUUGCUGGGCUUGACAUGUUCACGGGCCACGUCUUCCACACCGCACGCUGGGACUAUAACUAUACAGGAGGCGCCCCUGGUACACCUGCCCUGCCCCGCCUGGACGGCAAGCGAGUUGCUGUGAUUGGGACAGGGUCCACCGCUAUUCAGAUUAUCCCCCAGUUGGCGAAAUCUGCGGAGCAGCUGUUUGUAUUCCAGCGCACACCAGCCAGCGUGGGGUUGCAGAGGAAUCGUCCAACAGACCGCGAGUGGUGGGAGAAGACGAUCCAGAACGCUGCGCCGGGGUGGCAGCGCAGGCGAGCGGAGAAUUUCAACGCCUGGAUAUCGACUCCCCAUGAAGUUUUGGGCAUCGAAGAGGAUCUGAUCAGCGAUGGCUGGACGAGUGCGCCCUCGUUUGCUGCAGCCAUUGGUGGCCCGCUCAACCUCGCCCCGGAUUUCCUCCAUCGUGCAACCGAGGUUGACGCCGCGAGGCGGAGGAUUGUUCAUCAGGUCAUCGAGACGACGGUCAAGGAUAGGAGGACUGCAGAGGCACUGCUGAAUCACGCACAUGGGUGGUGCAAGCGGCCGUGCUUCCACGAGGGGUACUUUGAGACGUACAACCUCGCCAACACUCUGCUCGUCGACGCCCGCGACCACCAGCUCCAUCUGACACACGACGGGGUUCAGGUUGGAGACACUGUAUACCCAGUCGAUCUGAUCGUCCUGGCGACGGGCUACGAGCUCGGAAGCCUGUGCCCCGCGACACGGGCGCAGGUCCGGAUUGUCGGCGUGGGCGGCCAACAGAUGGAGGAGAAAUGGGCUCGACCCGCGACGCUCCACGGGAUCAUGACGCGCGGGUUUCCCAAUCUGUUCUUCCCCGGAACUUCCCAGGCGGGCGUCACUGCAAAUCAGUCAUACAUGUUUGACCGGGCAGCGGAGCACGUUGCCUACAUACUCCAUGCUCUGUGCUUACGCCGUGGGACAGAGACCAGACUGCGGCUGCAGCCUACAGUCGAGGCGGAGGAGCAGUGGGCGACGAGGUCAGUCGAUCAGGCCAGGGCAUUUGCGGCAACGAGGGCCUGUGCGGUGGGGAGCUACACGAUUGCGGCGCGGUAUGAAAGUGCGGAUGGAGCUGCGCUGGCCAGGCAUUUGCCCUGGGGGGAGGGGAUGGCGAGCUACGUGAGGGUUUUGGAGCAGUGGAGAGAGGCUGGGACGAUGGAGGGUUUGGAGAUUGUGAGCGAGUGAUGAUAAAACGACUACACAUCCAACGAGUGUUGUUCUCGCGCAGAUGGGAGUCAAAACAUAAUGGAAAUGAG